GUUACCGUGGGCUCUGUCCGUAUAUAAACCGGCGAACUCCGAGCUCCCCAGUCACUUUCGCUGCUCCAGACAAAACCUGGCGUCAACUCCCGGCCGAGAGUGUCCGCAGUCCGCAGAAUGGCGCCACAACACUUGCUGCUCCUCGGGCUGGUCGCGCUCCUGACACCGCGUCACGCAGCCGCACAGGACAAGAAGAUACCGGACUUCAUCAAAAUCUGUAAAAGGGGCGAGCCGGAACUGAACCAAUGCAUCACCAACUCCGUGGAGCAGCUCAAGCCAGCGCUGGAGAAUGGGGUUGAAGGGUUCUUCCCCUCCUUGGAGCCGCUGAUGAUGAAAGAGGUACUCAUCACAGAGGGAAACGGCUUACGAAUUGUGGGCAAAAACGUCAAGACCUACGGGUGCAGCAACUUCCGGAUUUUCAAUAUGAUAGCAGACAUGGAGAAUCUGGACUUCGACUUCGACCUCGAGCUUCCAAUGCUAUACACAGUUGCUGAGUAUGACGUCAGCGGUCGGCUUUUGCUGCUCCCCAUCAAGGGAAACGGGCCUCUUUACGGAAACUGGACGGACUGCAAAGCCCACGUCAGAUUGGACGGCGAAUUGGAAGAGAGGAAUGGAUACAAGUUCCCUAAGUUCAGCUCUCUGAGGAUCGUCUUCACAGUGGGCACAGGAACUGUGCAGCUCAAGAAUCUGUUUGGUGGCGACAAAGUGCUGGGAAACGCCGUGAACUCCGCCAUCAACGCCAACUUCAAACAGGUCCUGAAGGAACUCCAGCACCCUAUAGAGAAGGCGCUGCAGGAUGCCUUGCUCGAGAUAUCUAACGACUGUGUGAGAGAGUUCACCUACGACCAGCUUUACCCUGUAGAAUAAAAAAUAUUAAACCACAAUAAAUGCAUUGUAGUUGUUUACAAACUCUAAAUCACUAGGUUUUCCUCUCUAGCCAGAAUCUGACUCACAGUACGUACAUAAACCCGGACUGCACGGGAUAUGAGAUCAUCACAGGGGGACCUCAUGGUAGAAGUGGUACCUAUCAACCAGACUGUAUGGUCGCACAUCCCAGAAGAAUGGAAUCUUAAUUAAACUAUCUGUACACUCAUACUGCACGCACAAUCUGUUUUAAAGAGCUGAGACCAUUUCUGUAUUACAAGGAUCUGUACACAAGCAGUUACAGAGAUGAUGCCAUGUGGCUGGAACCAGAUGGUGUUACUAGUGGCUUCCUGAGGACUUCAUUAUUUCAAAUGGUGCAAGUAAAUUACAAAAGAUGGCAUUAGGCAACUUUAUGUCUUUACACCGAUCACAGUGGCCGUGUGGCCUAAGGCAUGAAUUGUCUUCACUCACUCGAACACUGGGAUCGUGGGUUCAAAUCCCGCUCAAAGCAUCAAUGCCAGUCUGAGUUUAUGUGUAGACAGAGGCAUUGCUAUGGGUUGAACCCUCAUCCAGGGAGUCCAAGAAACUGAAGUGAAACGAAGCAUUUCACGAAUGCCCUACGCUCCAAGAGGGAAUAACAGGAAUAAAGACGGACAUACAGACAGACAGGCAGACAGAUAAUGUCUUUAUCGCGGGAGCAACAAACCGAUGAUGAAUAGUUUUAUCAGAAGAAUAUGCUUUGGUUAAAAAAAAGAUCCCCUCUUGCAGAGAUAUGAAAUUAUUUUGUAAAAGAAGGCA